AUGACCUCCAAGGCUGGACCAUCCGCUGGGCCUCGGCGCCGGCGCGAUAGCUGGCCUCAGUAUCGUUAUCGACGGCCAACUACCACGGAACCUGAUGCACCCCUGGUCUCUCCACGCCCUCGGCCAUUCCUGGCCUUGGUCAACGCGCUUGAGUUCAUCACUUUUUGUCUUCUGGUUUCCGUCUUCAUCGCCAUCCUUCUCCGCUACAUGGCUCAGCCCUCGGCUGUCCCUCUCCCCAUCCACCGGCCGAUUGCUCAGCUCCCCUCGACUCUUCGUAGCUUCAUCCCGCCUCCAACUUCCUACGGCCAUCCCACUUCGUACAUCCCAGAGCUUAAGUAUGUCUACGAAUACGGUAUCCAAGAUCUCUGCCACUACCCCUUGAAAUGGAUCCGAGAGCGCAAACGCUACUGGCCAGAUGCUGGCGGUCUCUACGACCACGAAAUAUGGGCGGACGCGCCCAAGGACGCGCCUGGGAAGCUGUAUCCCCUGGACGAAGUGGGCAUGGAUGAGCUUGGACGCUUCUGCGAGGCGACCUUGGAUGAGGCCAGGACUCUGCGAGUCAUGUCGCGGGAGAUCAUGCACAGGCUUGAGCAGGCACACAAAGAUAGUGUGGAGACCAUCUACUCUAUUGCAACCCAUCUGGCCAAGCUCCAUCGCCAGCUGAGCAGCAGAAACAAGACGAGCUCAGACGAUGACUUGGUUCUAUUCAAGUACCUUUCCGAACUUAACGCCCUUGGCUACGCCGAAUGGGUCGAGAAAGUUAGCGUCCUUGAUCCAUCUCUCCCCAAGAGUGGCCAAUACCGGAGGAAGAACCACAGGGCUUUUGAGACCGAAGAGGUGACGAUACGAAGAAGCCAGCUUAAGCUGUAUUCCCUCGAGAUGCUUGCGUCUCAGCUAUCCGACUUCAGCGAUUUGGCCCUAUUGCUCAACUCACAUAUUACCACUCUCGUGACCCGCCUCAAGCCUCUUAUUAUCGACCGCAAGAACAAGAAACAGAUGUGCUUGACAGGUUGGUUUGAUAGCCUGCCGCCACUCCUUCUGGAAGCAGAAGAUGCGUCUCGACUGGCCAGUGACCAAGCUGGCAGCCUACGACAGUCAAUCAGCCAGGUCGAUGCCCUCCGUCUCAGCCUGGGCGGCUUCUUGAGGGGCGGGAAUAAACACAAUGGUGGCUACGAGAUGCCCUACGAAGGGCAUAUCCGGCAACUGUCGCUUGUCAGAAACGACACAGUUCUACAAGGAGACCACUGGCAGGCGACGUGGGCAUGGAUGGAACUAGAUACGAGGGACUGGGCCACUUCUCGAGCAUUAUCGACUUGGGGGGCCAUGGUAGCCAACCUAAGGAAGCUCCUGCCCCGACAUCCCAUCCGUCUUCCACCCAUCGAGCGCCAGUACAAGGCACUGCGGGACGCAUUCAACAUAGCCGGGAAGGAGAUGAGGGAUUGGGUUUCGCUCUACCCUCACCAGUUAUCCGAUCUCAAUCAGCGAUCAAUGCAGUUGAACAAGUCAGAGAGGUAUCCAUAA